CAUUAAGAUAUUUUUCUGUUUUUUUUUUCUAUUCUCUCUUCCCCUCACUCUCACCGCGCCGCCUCCUUCUUCCUCGGCGCCUCCGUAAAACCCCAAAUCCGCAUAUAUUCUUCUCCACAAUUUUUUGAAACGCAGAAAUGAACAACUUCGAGAUCGGUGGUACCACUCUCUCUCUUGCUCUCUUCGUCGACGUCACCAAUUCCAAAGAGCUUUUGGAGUUGAUGCAAGCAGGGACUUUGGAACCAGAAGUAGCAUUUCUCAAUGCUUCACUUAUACCAGAUGUUUUCCCUGUUCUUGCUGCUGCAUACAAGACGCUCGUAGCGAAAUCACGAGACUCACUGAUGACUCGCACUCUUCAUUCGGAGCUUGUCUACAACUACUCGGGCUCCAAACAUAUAUCGGAGUCCUUGAAGAGGUGCGGCAUAUCAGACAGCACCUCUUACAUCCUCGCUGCUCGUUUUGGUGCUUCACCUGAUGAGAUGACAGCCCUAAAGGGACUCAUUAAAGGGACAUAUAUAGGGUUGGAGGAGUUGGAAACACGAGCUGACCAAGCCCGCAUACACAAGCACUACAAAAUAUCAGCGCCGGAGUUGGGGAUAUCUUCAGUUGCGGAUGCUAUUACGUGUCGGAUUUCUGCGCGAGAUGCUUUGUAAGAAAAGCGCUCAGUCCCUGUAUUGAUACUCGAAAGAUUACAAGAGAUGUAAUUUAUGUUUGGUUUCUAUAGUUUUACUGGUUUCUAUAGCAUAUUGUGGAAAAACAAUUACCCGAUCAUACAUUACUAGGAUUUGUAAUUUAAACCAAUGUCACUGGCUAUGUGGGUGAUAGAAAAGAGGUUGCAGCGAUUGAGAGGAAUUUGUGCUUCAAGUGGAAAAGCUUGAGGCUUGUAUCAGAAGAA